AUGACCGCAACGCCGCCGUUCCCGGCCAACCGCCGCCGCCGCCACGUCGUCCAUUUCCGGGGUGUCAGGAGGAGGCCCUGGGGACGCUACGUCGCCGAGAUUAGGGACCCCGUCAAGAAGAUCCGCCUCUGGCUCGGAACCUUCAACACGCCGGAGGCCGCCGCCAGAGCUUACGACGCCGCCGCCCUCGCAUUCCGCGGCCACAGGGCCAAAACCAACUUCCCUCCCCCCGUCAACUUCCUCACAACCACCACCCUCCACCCGCCGCCGCCGCCGCAACACUUCUGGGCAGCACAAAAGACCAACAAUUACGACGAACCCAAACUCCCUACAACAAAAGGCAUCAAUCUCGACCUCAACCUCCCUCCACCGGAUAACUAA